AUGGAGUCUGGUGAUUAUUAUCAGGUGACGGCGGAGUGGAAGCAGAAGUUCGAGGAGGCGGCGUGCGAGCUGGAGGGGGCCCAGAAGGAGGCGCGGGGGCUCAGCACGGAGCUGUUCCGGCUGAGGAACGCCUACGAGGAGGCGCUGGACCAGCUGGACACCGCGCGGCGGGAGAACAAGAACCUGCAGGAGGAGGUCAACGACCUUGGGGUGCAGCUGGGGGAGGGGGGGCGCAGCGCCCACGAGCUCGAGAAGAUCCGGAAACAGCUGGAGCAGGAGAAGGCGGAGCUGCAGGCGGCGCUGGAGGAGGCCGAAGGGUCUCUGGAGCACGAGGAGAGUAAGAUCCUGCGCGCCCAGCUGGAGUUCAACCAAUCGAAGGCCGAGAUGGAGCGCAAGAUGGCGGAGCGCGACGAGGAGGCGGAGGCGGCGAGGAGGAACUACCAGCGCACGCUGGAGGCGCUGCAGGCGUCCCUGGAGGCGGAGACGCGCAGCCGCAACGAGGCGCUGAGGGUGAAGAAGAAGAUGGAGGGCGACCUCAACGAGAUGGAGAUCCAGCUGGGGAAGGCCAACCGGCAGGCAGCGGACGCCCAGAAGCAAGUCAAGACCCUGCAG